CUUAGAUACUGUGGGAUUUGGGAUACGGCUUGAGAAAGUGUUUGUGGGGGGAAAGACUAGCUAAAAGUGGACCAAAAGUUGAGAUAAAGUGAAAAAGCGUGUGCGUGAACGCGAGAAGUUGUUGCAGAUGUCUCUGGUGGAUUUGGGGAAGCGGCUUUUAGAGGCUGCGCGUAACGGUGAGGAUGAAGAAGUGAGGAAGCUGAUGACCAACGGCGCCCCCUUCACCACAGACUGGUUGGGGGCGUCGCCGCUGCACUUGGCGGCGCAGUACGGUCAUCGCUCCACCGCCGAGGUGCUGCUGAGAGCUGGCAUCUGUAAGGACGCUCGCACCAAAGUGGACAGGACCCCGCUGCACAUGGCUGCCACCGAGGGACACGAGCUCAUCGUCGACUUACUGAUCAGGAAUGGAGCGGAUGUGAACGCUAAAGACAUGCUGAAGAUGACGGCGCUGCACUGGGCCACUCAGCACGGGCACCACGACGUCGCUCAGCUUCUUAUCAAACACGGAGCCGACGUGCACGCGCUCAGCAAGUUCGACAAAUCGCCCUUCGACAUCGCGCUCGACAUCCAGCACCCAGAGCUCGCUAACCUCUUGCAGGACGGGAUGCAGAAGCAGGUGAACAGGAAUGCAGAGUCGUCCAUCGCUCCACAGUUCAUCAUUCAGGGAGGAGUAAUUAACUUCGCUGACCUCGUCAAAUCCAACACAGGUAACAGCGAGGACGCGGUCGCCGUUAGCGCUUUGGACCAACAGGUAAUGAGUGAGACCGGACAGAGGGUGGUUACCAUAGUAACAGAUCAGCAGGGUCACCUACAGACGAGACUCACACAGCCGCUGUACGUCACUAUGCAGAACGGACGGCAAGUGCUGGCUGUCCCCUCGGGUCAGUUCACACAGGAGUCAGUGGAUGAAGAAGCAGAGCCUCCUGUACGACGGAGGAAAAUCGAAGUGGUCGCUACGAAUCACAUCGACAACAGGGACACGGAGCAGCUGCAGCGGCGUCUGGCCGAAGCCAACAUGGCGGCCCAGCUGUACCGACAGCAGCUGCUGCAGAAGGAGCAGGAGGCUGAGGAGUACCGCAUGCAGUUGGAGGCCAUGACAGAGCGAGUGAUCACGCAGGACGGUGAGUGUGUGGAGGAGAAGCAGGAGGACGCCGAGGAGGAGGUGGUGCUGCUGGCUGACGGAGACGUGAUGCUCAACACAGAGGAGAUCGACUCCACCGCCGACAUCUCAUAACACCUCGGACCUCACGGACUUGCACCUUUACAGCCCUGUGUGUGUGUGUAUGUGUUGCCUUUUCAUCUCUGGAUCAAGAACAAAAGUGUCUACACAUAUUUGUUUAUAAGAGAAGAAACUCUACUUUUCCUGUUUGUUUUUUUAAUAACUGCGCCUGCUUUAGUAAAAUGAUCAGUGUUUAUCGUCUGACUGAGAGAAUGAUGUUACUUUUUUUUUUUUUCACUUUUGUUUUUCCAAAGACCAAAUUUAAUGUCGGCUCUUAUAAAUACACCGAUUGUGCCCAGUUUCUAACUCGUCUUCA